UUAGAAUUUUUUUUUUCUUGAGUUUUUUCAUUACUUCCAAAAUGCACCGUCAUGAAUUAAACUCAACAAAACAAAAGAGUUGUGCAAAUAAAAUUCACUCCGCUACAUAACACAGCUGUCCAGUUACUCCACUGUACCUGCAGGACAUUCCCAAUUGAAAUAUUUAUUGGUGUCGUGUGAUGAACACAGGUCAUUCAUCUCUGUCGUCAAAUUCUUCUUCAAUCGUUUCAGACGAGCUCUACGAGAUCCUGUCCAGCCUGCCAGAGAGCGUGGUGUACUCGUGCCGACCCUGCAGUGUGACCCAGCCCAGUGCCUGGAGGGAGCUGCUGUACAUCGAGCUCAGGUCUGGGGUGGAGAAGGUGUUGGCGUGCCUGCUUUCCUCCACCCUAACUCAACACCUUGUUACUUGCUCACAGUGUGAAAAGUUAACUGAUUCUGACAGUGGAAGAGAAGGACAGCCAGCCUGUGAUCUUCGAGCUGUUGGCAAGAAGUUUGACAAAGGCCUUUACACCUCACUGGUGAGACCAUUUAAACCCAGACAUACACCUGAAUUCACAAAUCUCCCCAAUUCAAUCAAGCGCCAACCAAAAUUAUCAGUUUUUACUGUGUACGAAAGUGAACUGUAGUCACAAGAAACAAA